UAGCGCUCGUUGUUGGUUGGUCGCCCUCUGUGUCAAGGUGGAACGACAUUUUGAGAAAACAACACUGGGGGAAGAAAGAAAAAACGAUGUCUUCUUUAGGAAGGGCAAUGGGUGUCCUUAGGGCCGGGACGCAGCUUCUGACACGUGGACCUCAGAAAAUAGUAACCCGAAAAGCUGGUGGUGGACCACACAUAGAGGCCCAGUACAGGCAAUUCCCACAACUCACCAAGAGCCAGACGUUCCAAGCAGAGCUCCUCAGCAGUGCCAUGUGGUUCUGGAUCCUGUGGCACUGCUGGCAUGACCCAGAUGCAGUAAUGGGUCACUUCCCAUGGCCUGAUGCAUCCGCAUGGACAGAUGAGGAACUGGGGAUCCCAGCUGACAAUGAGGAAUGAGGUGCCCUCUACCCCCAGACCUUGUGUGUGUGUGCCCGGUCGCUACCCAAGUCUACCUGGAGGUUAAGGGUGUCCCGAGAGGCUUUGUUGUACAUAGACAAAUUAAAUUUAUUCAAAAACAUA